AUCACUCACUCACACACACACUCUACACACACCUCCCAGACGCGUACACAGGACACACGCCGGUGUCGGAGCAGAGCGCAGGCUGUACGGAGCCGCUACCAGAGAGAGACACACAGGAGAGAGUAGCGGUGCCGCAGGAGGUGGCAUGGCAUGAACGGUCUUUUUUGGAAGCAAGAGCGCAGCACUGUUUCUUAUUUAUUAUUCUGUGACUUUUGUGCCGCGUUAAACAGCAACUUCUGACACUCGGACUGAGGCUUCCAGGGCUGUGAGAGCUGUUACUGUGGACUUUAGCUUGCUACUACCAAGCCCCUACAGGAGAACCAACCCUCGUGUGCGCAAAAUACGCGGGGACGCAGAGAGGGAGAGACGGGGACUGGGAUCCUCUCAUUCGGAACUUUGCGCAACCUGGAGCCGCUGUCCAGACUCUCCGGAGCGCAGAUAUCGCCCGAAGCCUGCCAGCUGCGGAGCGCACGCAGUAUUGAUCAAGGAGUUUGUUUGUUCACUAUUUUUUGGAUGAGGUUUAGUGGCACCGCUCCGCUAAAUGGACAGACUUAAAAGGCAAAGGGCUGAGCAAAUAAAAAAAUUCUGAAUUUAUUCAAUGACAUGUAGUUGGCACAUAGUUUUCUCCACCAUGGUUUAACAAACGCCGUGGGAUCGUUACUGAAGCGGUCUAGUUUUGACUGCUACCAGCGUUUUUUGGUCCUAAAGGGGUGUGGAUUUUUUGAAGGAACAGAAAUAUUUAUAUUCUACGAGGUGGAAACAUUAGAAACAUAAAGCUCUCCACGAGUUUCUGAGUCAUCCAAGAUGGAUUUUGUGUCAUCGUUGAUUGGAUUUUUAAUGGCAUUGUGUCAUCUGGCAUUGAGAGUCAGAGGAGAAGAGGUGCCAGAGUGCGGAGGCGUCUUCGAUGCCAGCAAGGCAGGUUACAUCACCUCCCCUGGUUAUCCUCUGGAGUACCCGCCUCACCAGAACUGUCACUGGAUCAUCACGGCACCAGAGCCCUCACAGCGCAUCGUCCUCAACUUCAACCCACACUUUGAGAUCGAGAGGCUGGACUGCAAGUAUGAUUUCAUCGAGAUCCGCGAUGGGACUUCGGAAAAUGCUGAUGUUCUGGGUCGACACUGCAGCAACAUCGCCCCAGCGCCAAUCAUCUCAUCUGGACCCUCCCUACAGAUCAGAUUCGUCUCAGACUACGCCCACCAGGGGGCGGGCUUCUCUCUGCGCUAUGAGAUCUUCAAAACAGGGUCGGAAUUCUGCUUUCGCAAUUUCACCAGCUCCUCCGGCAUGAUCGACUCCCCGGGGUUCCCAGAUAAAUACCCCCAUAAUCUGGAGUGCUCCUACAUGAUCAUCGCCCCGCCCCACAUGGACAUCACUCUCACGUUCCUGACCUUUGACCUAGAGAACGAUCCCCUGCUGGUGGGAGAGGGCGACUGCAAGUAUGACUGGCUGGACGUGUGGGACGGCCUGCCGCAAGUGGCUCCUCUGAUCGGCCGGUACUGCGGGACAAAGAUCCCUCCAGAGAUUCAGUCGUCCUCUGGCCUGCUGUCCCUCUCCUUCCACACCGACAUGGCCGUGGCCAAAGACGGCUUCUCCGCCCGAUACAACAUGACGCACAAAGAAGUCAGCGACUCGUUCCACUGUAGCAUGGCACUCGGCAUGGAGUCCGGGAAAAUCAGCGAUGAUCAGAUCACCGCUUCAACAACAUUCUACGACAACCGCUGGUUGCCACGCCAGGCCCGCCUCAACAACGACGACAACGCCUGGACGCCUUCAGAGGACAGCAACAAGGAGUAUAUACAGGUUGACCUCCACUUCCUGAAGGUUUUGACAGGCAUCGCCACACAAGGGGCCAUUUCCAAGGAGACGCAGAAGUCCUAUUACGUCACCACCUUCAAACUGGAGGUCAGCACCAAUGGGGAGGACUGGAUGGUCUACCGGCACGGCAAGAACCACAAGAUUUUCCACGCCAACACAGACCCAGCUGAGGUGGUUCUGAACCGGGUCCCGCAGCCAGUUUUGGCCCGGUUUGUUCGUAUCCGACCACAGACCUGGAGGAACGGCAUUGCUCUGCGCUUCGAGCUCUACGGAUGCCAGAUUACAGAUGCCCCAUGUUCAGACCUGCAGGGCCUGCUGUCCGGCCUGCUGCCUGAUGCCCAGAUCUCAGCCUCCUCCAGCAGGGACAUGGUGUGGAGUCCCGGGACUGCCCGUCUGGUGGCCAGUCGCUCCGGCUGGUUCCCUGCCCCCGCACAGCCCCUGGCUGGAGAGGAGUGGCUUCAGGUGGAUCUAGGUGUGCCUAAGACAGUGCGCGGAGUGAUCACCCAGGGAGCGAGGGGAGGAGACGCAGGAAGUGGGGCAACCACAGAUAACCGGGCAUUUGUCAGGAAGUACAAAGUGGCAUACAGCCUGAAUGGAAAAGAGUGGAAUUUUAUCAUGGACAGCAAGACUAGCCUGCCCAAGAUCUUUGAGGGGAACACACACUACGACACCCCAGAGCUGCGUCAUUUUGAGGAGAUAGUAGCCCAGUACGUCAGGCUGUAUCCAGAGCGGUGGUCUCCAGCAGGGAUUGGGAUGAGAGUAGAGAUACUGGGCUGUGACCUUCCAGAAACCACCACGCCGGCUGAAACAGUCACGCCAACGCUGACUUCUGACAUUGAAACCACCACUGUCCCCAUUACGACUACAGUAGCCACCGCUCCUCCAUCAGACAGUGUGUGUGACUUUGACCAUGACCUGUGUGGGUGGACACAUGACCCCAACGCCCCUCUCCUCUGGUCCCUGCACAGCCACGAGCUCAACAGCUAUCUGUACAUGGACGCCAGCCUAAAGACAGAGCAGCAGCAAGCCCGGCUCGUGAGCCCCGUGGUGGCGGCCGACACGGGGCCCCUCUGCCUCCUCUUCUCCUACCAGCUGUCGGGGGAGGCCCAGGGCCACCUGAAGGUCCUGCUGCGGGACGCCCACAAUGACGAGACUGUCCUGUGGACACUGAAAGACGAUCAAGGCCCCGUCUGGAAGGAGGGUCGCACCGUCCUGCCUCGCUCACCAAAAGACUUCCAGGUUGUGAUGGAGGGUUUCUUUGUGCACGGCACCAGAGGACACAUCUGGAUAGACAACAUCCACAUGAGCUCUAGCAUCCCUCUGAAAGAGUGUACACAACCCUUUGUAGCUUUUUCUCCUGAAAAUCCAGGGGGAGGCGUUCCUGUGCCUCCCUUGCCCAUCCACUGGUAUUACAUUAUGGCCGCCGGGGGCGCCCUCCUUCUCCUGGCGGUGGCCAUCUUGGUCAGAGCCCUCUGUUGCUGCCGACAACACCUGGCCACCAAGAAGAGCCAGCUGUCAGUGGCCUAUCACAGCUCCUCGCAGUGCUUCCAGUAUUCUAACUGGUCCUCCAGUAUGGCCGCCCCAGGGGUGGAGCCAGUCCUGACAGUGAGGUUGGACAGCCGGGACCGACACCGUACCCUCUGCUGAAAAGAAGCACUUAGCUGCGUUGUGUUUGGCAGAGCAGGAUGCCAACUUGUGAUUUCAGUGGCAGAACAUCCACUCGACGAACCCCCUCCCUCAUUUAGUUUACAGUUGCAAGGGUGAUAAUGACACAGACAUUGUCCUAAAUUGCCAAGUAAAAUUUUGCAAAGAAACACUGUGCUCUCUGUCUCUAAUGGAUGUGGCUUCGAUUGCUGUUUUCUUCUUUGUUCCAUUAAUAAGGAGUUUGCUGUUGACAUUUCACACUAUGCUGCUCCUGAUGAGAGGACUGAAGUCUGAGUAAGUUAUUUAUCUGAACAGCUUGUUUCGGACCAUUGAGUGCCGUCUGGCUCCUCAUAGCCUCAACGGUCCUCCUGAAAUGACCCCAGCAUGGACAUACACACAGACAUGUGUGGGCUGGGAAGAGGAGGGGGUCGAGCUGGUUCCACUGCGAAAGCCAGCCAGAGCUGCCAAACCACAGGCUAAAACAAGACCCCAGAGACAUGAGGAGCUCAGCAGUGCUGAGAGAGAGAGGAGAAAACUGUUAGGCUGAGAGGCAUUCAAUGUGUGAGCUGUGGAAAUGAUCUGGCAAGCCCCAGAAAAUAAAGCUCUUGGUAUCUCUGUAAUAACAACACAAGAUAGCGGUGAUAUGAGUUGUACCAAUAGUGAGGGUGUUUUAACGGAGGAGAAAAAAAUCCUUCCAUUGUUCUUUUCAACAGAGCAUGUGCACAUUUAAAAACAAAGGAAUGCAAAUCCAUCAUACUUUAAGUCCUGCAUCACAAAUGGAGAUAACCAGCUCGUUUGAUUGAACGUCUUGUCUUCUCCUGAUAAAGGCAUCAGUCAGUGAUGGAUGCAGCCGUCUUCAGUGUUUAGUGUUUCAUCUUGAUUCUCUGGUGUAAUAAAGCACGUUGUUCCACUCCCGUUUAUGCUUGAUACCACCCACUCCCGUUGUUCCCCAUGUCUUUGAGCUGCCCAGAUGAGAGCCUUGCCGAGCCAAGCCUUGUUGUGUUUUCAGUGGGAAUAUGUGCUUGUUGUUUUUAGGGUUGUAAAUAGACACAGCUGUCUGCCAUCACAACUUUUUUCUUGAUUUAUACUCCUACAAAUCCCACAAUGCCGCAGGACCAGAUGGAAGCCAUAAGUACAGUGCUUUGCUGUAUAUGUGCACCCUUGAGAGGGAUCCAAGAUAUUAUGAAAACCAGAGCAGAGCUCCAGCUAUUGAUGGUUCUUCCUUUAGUGCCAUAAGACGCCAUAAAUGGCUAUUAACAUAAAAUAAGACAUAGCUAAUGCACUUCCUACUAAUAUUUAACAUAUCUGGGAUCUAAAAGCCUAUUUCAUUGUGAAAUUUCUCAAAACUCUGACUGAGAUAGACAAUUUGGCACCAAUUUCUCUCUUAUCAGUCGGUACAGAGGUGUUGAGAUUUGACAUGAGCUCAGUUUAACACCCUGGAUUGAAUGAAAUUGAGGUCUUCACUCCUUGGCUUAAAGGGCCGUGCUUUCGUGAUCUGUCACACCAGCAAAAAUCCAUCACCUACUAGCCCACAGCUCAGCAGAAUGCACCUCGAUUUGUUACCACAAUUUAGAAGCUGAACUUUUCUCUCCAGAGUGAAAAAAGUGUUUAUUGGCUCGCUUUUGCUAUGUGCUUUUAAAUCAACUUGGGGAGGAGGAGAUUGGACACCCUACUUGGUCCAUCUCGACACCGUUACGCUCCAAGCCUCUAAUAGUUGUAAUUAGUUAAUGGACAUAUAACAUUUAUUAAGGCUGCAGUAAGCACUUUUCCCUCCCAUUUACCGCGCCUCUGUCACCCAAUCCACUGCCAACUUCAGUUGCCCUGGAAACAGUAUUAAUAACGCCAUUGGCCAUCAAAGACCUCCGGAUCUAGACGUGUGCCUUGCCAAACAGUUACUCCCACUCCUGCGUGCUUGCCAAGAGCAGCAAGCGCAAAAACACAAUCACACACAUAGAUACAAAUGCACACACACAAAAAGUGAAAAGAAAACUCAUCUGAAGUAUAAGUACACUUGAGCUAUUGGGCUCAACUAAAGUGCUGCAGCCAUUGCUAGUUUUACCACACUUGUAAUCUUCCUAUUCAGACACUCACAUACAUAUGCAUUUUUGGUUCACACCGCCUUGCAGUGCCGUGAGUUUCACAGAAAUCAAGACUGUCACAAGCACUACUUAAAUGUAGACAUUUGUUGCCAUUGUUUUGUUUUUUUUACUUUGAUCAUCUUAUACACCACUCUUAAACUUGACAGUAACAGUGUCGAUGAUUUUAAUGGUGAUAAUGAUGGGUAAUGUUAAAUAUUUGAUGAUGACAUGUUUGCAUCUUUAUUCACACAGAAUGAACAGUCUUAUACCAUCAGUAUGCUAUGUGAUGACUGUGUGUUUGACAGGAAUGUAUCAUAAUGAUCUUUCUCUAUUAAUAAAGUCAUAUUUUUCUAUUA